AUGGAGCGGCUGCUGCAGCGAGAGAGGCCUCGGGUGCAGCGACAGCUUCAGCGGCUGCAGAAGAAGUUGCAGAGGGAGCGGCAGCGCCGGCAACAGCUCGAGGCCCAGAUUCAGCAGGCGCAGGGAAGUGUAGAGAUGAUGAGCCAGCCGAUGCAGCAGCACCUCCUUCUGCAGCACCUGCUUUGGCAACAGCGGCAGCAGCAGCAAUAUUUGCACCAUCAGCAGUGGCAGCAUUUGCUACACCAGCAGCAGCAGCAGCAGCAGUUUUUGCUUCAACACCAGCAACAGUAUUUGCUUCAACAGCAGGCGCAUUUCCACGGGAUGCAACAACAGCAGCAACAGCUGUCCUUGCCUGCGGGUGAACAACAACAGCAGCAGGCUUUGCUUCAACGAGACCAGGAGAAAGCGGAGCGCUCAGUACAGCAGCAGGCGCAGCAGGUGACGCCUCCUGAGAGGCCCGCACAGAAACGCAAGCAGGGUAGGCCACAGGAGGCGCAUUUGCCGGGGAUGCAACAGCAGCAGCAACAGCUGUCCUUGCCUGCGGGUGAACAACAACAGCAGCAGGCUUUGCUUCAACAAGACCAGGAGAAAGGGGAGCGCCCAGAGCAGCAGCAGGCGCAGCAGGUGACGCCUCCUGAAAGGCGCCCACAGAAACGCAAGCAGCAUAGGCCGAGGCGGGCAGAGCAAGCGGAGGAGCUACCACCGAAGAGAGGCCUACAGCGGGCGUUGCGGCCUGCCACCCAGACUUCAGGGCAGUCACUAGAAGAUGAAUGGAUCCGCCUGCUGCCGCUGCUGAGGCAUCAAGGCAGGAAGCUCCUGGAGGUCCUGCAGCAGGCACUGGAGCAGCAACGAAUAGUUAGGACGACGCCGGCUGAGCUUUUGAUUAACUUGAGGCGCGGCGUGACAGCUUGGCCUGGCAGACGGGACCUCAUGCCGCUAUUGGUGGAGGCCCGUGAGCUGCUGUCAAAGCAGUUCCUGUAUUUUGAUGACAUGGAGAAGUUGGCGCAUGUAGCAGAGGCUCUUAUAGAACAUGGGACGAACCAUCAGCGUCAAGACCUCUCGGAACACUCGCCCACCCGAGCAGUUGAGCGGUUGGGGAUGCGUUUUCUCCUGAUGGAUGCUGUGGUCUCUGCCUUUAUAGUUCUCGGGCAGAAACCGGACGAGAAGUUGUGGAAGUCCUUCACAGAUGCCAUCAACCACAAACCUCCCUUGGGGCAUUUCUACGGGAUGCUAGGAGGGCGAGAGACUUGGGCCUCUCAGGCGCUGCAGCUCAGCAGGGCAAUAGAAACACUGAAGACGGGGAAGAGGCCGAAGGCAGCAGACCUCGUGCACCUCAAGAGGAUGCUCAUCUGCUCGCCCUCCUCUCAUCCGCGUUUCAAAAAGCCGGAUUUCAAUCCCUGGAGGCAGGAUAACUCCGAAGGCGCCGAUGGAGAAUAG